CAUAUACCUUAUAGUGCAAAUUCAGUAACAGGAGUAUAUAAGAAGACAAAAACAACCGUUAUGGGCCUUAUGGCUCUUAAAUGUCGUUGGCAAUGUAAUUUCGACCCGUAGUGUUGUUGACCCAUGAGCCUCGAUGUCGUUUACUUGUUAUUGAUGCAUCCUAGAACGAACCGUCAAGUUGUCAACUACCGGUCUACCAUCCUUAAAACCCGAUACUGCGUACGAAAACCACACACUCUCACUCUUUUCCCCUCCAUUUUCCUUCACUUUCUUACCGCCCAAACUCCUUCCCAUCCCAAAUCUUCACUCGAUCAAGAUGUCCUCCCAAACUCAAACCAUCGAGCACGUGGUCCUCUUCAAGGUCAAAGAAAACGCCGACCCCUCCCAGGUCAACGCGUGGCUCGACGGGCUCAACGGCCUGAUCUCCCUAGACCAAGUCCUCCACCUCAGCGCACGCCCAGUUCUCCGCACCCGAAGCUCCUCCUCUUCCCUCAGCUUCACUCACAUCCUCCACAGUCGCUACAGCUCCCAAAACCACCUCGCAGCCUACUCGGCCCACCCCAGCCACGUCAGCGUGGUAAAGGAGUACCAACCGUUAAUCGAAGACAUCAUGGCCGUCGAUUGGGUCUUCGUCGCUAAUGAUCUCCACGUGGCCCCGCCACCGCCCGGGUCUGCGAUUCGAGUCACCUGCCUGAAACUGAAGGACAAUCUGGUCGAGGAUGUAAAAGCAGAGAUUUUAGGGGGCAUCAAGGGAAUUAAGGACAGAUUUGGGGAAAUUAGUCAGUUUACUUUUGGAGAAAACUUCUCGCCGGGGAGGGCCAAGGGGUUUUCGGUCGCGUGGCUCUCGGUUUUUCCCGGACAGAACCAGUUGGAGACGGUGGAUGGGAACGAGGAUUUGGUGAUUUUGGAAGAGAAGGUUAGGGGUUUUGUGGAGAGUGAGCUUGUUGUUGAUUUUGUGGUGCCGCCACCAAAAUCCGCGAGUGUUUGAUGGUUGUCAUUUUGGAUCACAGUUUAAUGCAAUGGAAAAUGUCAAAAUCUAUUACUGCGCU